AGCGACGGACAUGUUUCCUUCCCAGGAUCUUACAGCAUGAAGAAGGAGCAAGUUGUCCACUGUCAGUUCUCUGUUUGGUAUCCGAUAUUUAAGAAGCACACGAUAAAAAGUCUGAUCCUUCCACUGCCUCAGAAUGUAAUAGACUAUUUACUGGACGAUGGGACACUGGUAAUCUCUGGAAGUGAUCACAACUCCCAGCCGAUACAGACCAACAACAGCGAGUCAGAUGCUGAGGAAGACGUACAGUGGUCGGAUGAUGAGACGACAGCGAUAGCCACUGCUCCCGAAUUCCCGGAAUUCGCUUCUACAGUGCUGGAGGCCAUCAACGCCCUGGGUGGGUGUGUCUUCCCCAAACUCAACUGGAGCGCUCCGCGGGACGCCAACUGGAUCGCUCUGAACAGCUCGCUGGAGUGCCGCAGCCUCGGCGACGUCUUCCUGCUCUUCAAAAGCUCCGACUUCAUCACGCACGACCUCACGCAGGCGUUCCUCCAGUGCAGCGACCAGGACUCUCCAGAUCCAGUCAUCAGUUACGAGCUGGUGUUGAGGAAGUGGGCGGAGCUAAUUCCCGGCGGAGAGUUUCGCUGCUUCGUCAAAGAAAACAAACUGAUUGCCGUCUCCCAGAGGGACCACACGCAGUACUACCAGCACAUCCUGAAGCAGGAGCAGCACAUCUCCCAGGCCAUCCAGGACUUCUUCAGCCAGCACGUUCAGUACCGCUUCCUGGACGAAGACUUUGUGUUUGACGUGUACAGAGACAGCCAGGGCAGGGUGUGGCUCAUCGACCUGAACCCAUUCGGAGAGGUGACCGACUCGCUGCUGUUCAGCUGGGACGAGCUGAUGUCUGGAGAAGUCGUCGACCAUCAGCAGCAGGUCAGCAAACCCGGUUUUUACCCAAAGCGCACUGCUUUCGCGACCCGACGCGGAUCCCUCCGUGACGGCUGGUUUGUGUGGCAGGACGGCCCGGCGUUCCGCUACACCACCAGCGAGGUGACGGUGCAGCCCAGUCCGUGUCUGAGCUACAGAAUACCGCGGGACUUCGUGGACCUGUCCGCCGGAGAGGACGCCUACAAGCUCAUCGACUUUCUGAAACUGACGAAGAGCCAGCAGGAGGAAUCCGAAGAGGAGGAGGAGAAUCCUCCCCAGUGAUGUCAGCUUUUUGUAUAACGUGUGUGAAGAGACUCGUUUCCCCGCUGUCAAUUAUUUUUACACCGUUUUCUUGUCCUCACGCUGUUCUGUACCACGUCUUCUGAACCGAGUCACAGCUGAGAAACAGAACUUACGUUACCGAAUCAUGCUAGCAACUCCUGGAGAUCAUAUUUUCCUGUCAGGUUUUUCCCCUCCUCUGUAACUGCGGAGGGUCUGACUUGCCUGCUUUUAGAUAUAGAAAUAAGUGCAUGUAGAAGUUAUGAACAGUUAAUGUGGAAAAAUGUAGGACGCCCCAAUAAACAUUGACUUCUUCACAUAUUUGAUUUUUUUGUUAUCUCUGGGAGAGAAAGUGAUUUUCAUGGGCAUAAACAUUAAAAAUUAAUGUCUUAAAAUCUUGUUUUACUCGUUAUAUAUGUACUUCUUAGGUAAGUUAGGACACCCCUAUGAGAUGCACAUUUGACUUGGCCCAGAAAGUUUUCUUUUAUUAUUAUUCUUUGUUUUUAUUCAUGCUAGCAUUUUAGACAUAUCUCUCCAAAGAACAUGUCCAAACAAUUAGGAAAUGGUAUGCCUUUCUUUUAAAAAAACAACAACAAUUGGCCAGUUUGUCAAAUAAUAUAGUAAUUUAUGGAAACUAAGUACGCUAAAUGUUCUCAGAGUUAGCAAAAAGAGUUGAAUGCUAAAAUUUUCAUACCUGUCAAGUGUCCUGUUUUGGCCGGGAAACUCCCGUUUUUUACUCCCCUUUCCUGCUGUGCUCCAGUAUUAUCAUAACCCCCUGCACCUCGCCACUGACAUUACUUUCCAACUGACUGUGACAGUAGCACCGUAUUCUCAGUCCAAAUCUUGACAGGUAUGCGCUAAGUUAGCUCAGCUAUUAGCAGAAGUGUUCCCACCUCUGUGUCAUUUUUUGACUACUUCAUGGCAAUAAUUUAGGGGGAGCUAAGUGCGCUAAAUGUUUCCAGACUUAGCAAAAGUGCUAAAUGCUAAAUUAGCUCUGUUAUAUGUGGAUUCGGGGAAGUGUGUCCCAGUCUGCCAAAAAGGAACCGUAACUGAUUAUUUCUCAGCUUUUGAUGAUUUUAAAAUGAUUUGGAACUA